GUGCAGUGUGUUGUUGCUAAGUCCUGUCUGCUGACAGUUUCAAAUCAAAUUUUUAUAUCAAUGUGCUACUCGUUGUAAUAAUAUGAUAAUAUAAAUAUUUCUGCAAGCUAUUUCUGCAGUACAAAGGAUAUGGCAGCUGACAGGGAAGUCUUAAGAGAGGUUUGGAAUGGCCAGUUACCCAUAUGUUUCCGUUUAGCUUCCGAAGAAAUCUAUACUCUUCAACAACCAGAGCCAUUUUAUCUAAUGGUUCCUCGAUUAACAUAUUUUCCUCUUGUAACUGAUAAAGUGCAAAAACACUUCAGCAGUCAUGUCAAGGAUGAAGCAGUAGGAUCUGAAAUGUGGUUGGAUUAUGAUAGUCAGCCUUUAAAAUGGCAUUAUCCAGUUGGUUUACUGUAUGAUUUUUAUGGAGCUGAUUCUACUCUCCCUUGGAAUGUAACAGUGCAUUUUCAGGAUUUUCCUGAAAAGGAGCUCAUUCAUUGUUCUAAUAAAGCAGCCGUGCAAUCUCAUUUUAUGGCUACAGUAAAAGAAGCUAGUGCUUUAAAACAUAGGACGCAAGUGGUGCAAAGUAUGGUUCCAAAAGAACACAAAGAGCUAUGGCACGGUUUAGAAAAAGAUAAAUUUGACCAAUUUUGGGCUAUUAAUAAAAGAUUAAUGGAAAAUCCAGGAGAACAGUCCUUCAAAUACAUUCCCUUUAGAAUAUACCAGCCUGGCGUUUCAUUGGUACAGAGCUUGAUUAAGCCUCUGAAUGAAGCUGGAGAAGUUAAUACUCUGAGAGAUUUGUUGAAAAAUGCUGUACCUAGUAUAUUUGAAGAAAUUGGAACCAAAUACAAAGUAGUCAUUCAUGGAAUUAAUCCACCUUUAGAAAUGCAUCUUCAAUGGAUGAGUGAACAUCUAAGUUAUGCUGAUAACUUUUUGCACAUUGUUAUAUUGCCUCAAGAGUGAUCCAGUUAAAUUGUUAAACAUUCUGGAAGCAGUUUUAUACAAGCGUACCAAUCAAGCAUCUGGUGCAGAAGAUAUAAUCAAAAUGCCUACUACCAAGAAAUGAUGCCAAAGAUGAAAAAAAUCAAUUGAAAUACAGGAUAAUCUAAAAAUCAGAUAUCAAAAAUAGGGUCAAUCCAUGGAAAAAGGUCAUUUUGUCCCGCACGUGACACCUCAUAUAUCUCUGCAUAGUAUAAAAUGAAGUCUCCAAAAAGCGUCUGUGUGUUUGAACUCGCAGAACUCGAGAACUACCCGGCCAAUUUUGCUCAAAUUUUCACAAUUUGUUCCUUUAAGCUCCAAGAAGGUUUGCUGGCCAGUUUGAAAAGAAUUCAAUGAAUAGUUCUUUUUUUAUUCCAAUUUAGGCCCAAUUUUCACGUAAAUUCCCGAAUACGGGAGUGAAAAAUUACUUGCACAUAUAUUGCGUAUCGUUGGAAAGAGUAGAAUUUCGUGCAUUCUACACAAUUUGUUUCAAUGUUCUAACUUACUUACGGCGGGAGUUAUUUACAUUUUUAGCUCGAAUUUGUUUAGGCUUAGCUGAAAUUUAGGCACUACUUUCUUCAUUAAAUCUAUCAAUAAAAAGCGAAGGAAUUGUCCCACAGUUUUCUUUUUGACACCAUUCAAAAGAGCUCCUUAUUUUACUCCAGAUCUAACUCGACCUAUGUUCGAAAGUUUAACCCUCUAUCUCCAUUAGAAAAAAAAAUUACAAGCAAAUUAAAUAAAGUUCAAAAAUCUGUUCUCUAUUCAAGUUUUUAACCAUUUUAUUUUGUGUUUCCACAGUAAUGCUUUUUGAAUCCAUUUUUUAUUUCCAUCUUUCUCAUUUUCAAUUCUUAAACUUACUUUAUUUUGUGUUUCCAUAGUUACGCUUUUUAAAUCCAUCUAUCUCAUUUUGUUUUAAUUUCUUAAAAGUAUUUUAAUAUCUGUCGUCAUUGUUUGGAGGGGAAAUAUUGCAUGAUGGUUUUUUUUUCUUUUAUUUAUGUCUGAUUGUUGAAUAUACGUCACUUGACAAAAUUUUUGUUUUCAAAGUAGACCGGGCAAUGCAGCUAGUUUCAUUAAAAAUAAUACUUUAAAAAGGUUAAUGAGCAAAUUUUUAUUGCUUUAAAAAACAAAAACGUAUGGGCGUUUUCUUAAGCAAAAGAUUUUGUCAUUACCUUUUUAAAAUUAGUAUUUUUUAAUGAAAUAUAUGAAUCCUCACAUGUGGGACAAAGUGACUACUUUUUCUUGCAAUGACCCAAUAUAUUUUUUUACAGAGGAAUAAAAAUGAUAGCUAUACUCACUACUGUUAAGUCAGUUUGUUUCAUGAUUCUUCCUUUAAUAUUAUUUUAUAUCAAGGGAAAUUAAAUAUUCAUAGAAACCUUUUUCAAUGAGUCUUCAGCAUGGAUGUGACCUGAGGGAGGCAGAGAGGGGCAACUGCCUCUCCCUAGAAGAAAACUUCAAACUCCAACGCUCUUUCCAAAUGUCACUCAAGAUGAUUUAAAAUUGCAGUUUUAGGACUUCAGUUUCGAAAGAUUUCCAAGGGAGAACCACAUAAGCACUUUUUCUGCUCUCAUCAU